CGCCCGGCCCCGCUCCGGUACCGGCUCCGCUGCCCGCGCCCCGCUCCGGUACCGGCUCCGCGCCCCGCCAUGAGCAGCUCCCAGUUCAACAAGGGCCCGUCCUACGGCCUCUCCGCCGAAGUCAAGAACCGGCUUGCCCAGAAGUAUGACCCACAGAAGGAGGUCGAGCUGCGGACGUGGAUCGAGAGCGUCACGGGGCAGCAGAUCGGGCCCGAUUUCCAGAAGGGGCUGAAGGACGGGGUGAUCCUCUGCGAGCUCAUGAACAAGCUGCAGCCCAACUCGGUGAGGAAGAUCAACCGCUCGGCUCAGAACUGGCACCAGCUCGAGAACCUCUCCAACUUCAUCAAGGCCAUGGCCAGCUACGGCAUGAACCCCGUGGACCUCUUCGAAGCCAACGACCUUUUUGAGAGUGGGAACCUGACCCAGGUGCAGGUGUCACUGCUGGCACUGGCGGGAAUGGCCAAGACAAAGGGGCUGCAGAGCGGAGUGGACAUCGGUGUGAAGUACUCGGAGAAGCAGCAGAGGAAUUUUGACGAGGCCAAGAUGAAGGCUGGGCAGUGUGUGAUUGGGCUGCAGAUGGGCACGAACAAGUGCGCCAGCCAGUCGGGCAUGACGGCCUACGGCACCCGGAGGCACCUCUACGACCCCAAGAACCAGAUCCUGCCACCUAUGGACCACUCCACCAUCAGCCUGCAGAUGGGCACCAACAAGUGUGCCAGCCAGGUGGGCAUGACAGCUCCCGGCACCAGGAGACACAUCUACGACGCCAAGAUGGGGACAGAGAAGUGCGACAACUCCUCCAUGUCACUGCAGAUGGGCUCCAACCAGGGCGCCAACCAGAGCGGGCAGGUCUUUGGCCUCGGCCGCCAGAUCUAUGACCCCAAGUACUGCCCACAGGGCAGCCAGGGCGAGGUGGCCAACGCUGCUGGUGACCUGGGCGGGGACCCCCCUGGGUACCACUACUACCGUGAGGAGGAGGAGAGCUACUGAGGGGGACGGCACUGGCCCCGUCCGCACCAUCUCGUGUACAGCCACACUGCCAGCCACAUUCCAGCCUUCACUUCCGUCAUUCCUUCUUUUUAAACUCUUUUUUAACUUUGGAAAUUAAUCUAUUUUUCUGAGCAAGGAAAUAAAGACCCUGUUUCUAGAGAG